AUGGCAUGAGACGGUGCUCACUGAAAUGAAAUGAAGGUGUCGUCGAGGAGUACGCGCGACGACUUCUCUCAACAUCUUGGGAGCCGCAAGCGCUUUACUUCUAAUUGGUGUUCUGGGAGGAGGAAACAAUUACGCAUGGCCUGAAAACGCAGCGCCGAACAUUCAGUGGAAGCUUGCAACAGUAGAAGUUGGAGACCGCGACCACCCCGAGCAGGCUGCGAAGCUAAGUGGCUCAUUGAAAAAACCUCGAUCAGAAUCAAAUUGGCUGAAGAGGUAGAGCAGGUUUACAAAAAUGGUGCCGACGCUUCCCGCCUCGAAAGAAUUCGCACACGACGCAAACCGGGCCGCGUUCUACUUGUUUGUUGGCCAUUCCCAUUCAUAAUAACUUUUGGUGUCCUCGGAGUCGUCAGGAGCACCGCCUUUCUUGCCUCACGGUUGAAGAUGCACUACCAGAGCGUGUAGUUUGCCAGUGCCAGUGGUGGAGGGUCUGAUAUACUUGUGCUACCACGUUGGCAUGCGUUCUGCGGUUUCCGCCGGCUCUCCAACACUUCUGCGGCAGUCUUCCCGCACUCCAGCAAACUUCCGCUUCGAACAGCACUUGUCCUCCCCAAUCAGCAAACCCAUUGAUUUGUGUUUGACAAAAAGGAUUUGUCCUCGUCCAACAACAUUCACAUUGAAGAAACCAAGAAUUUGUCCUAUUUACAUAGGGUUCUGUCGCUGUCGACGUCUACCAACAAGAUCGAGACAAGAUGGAUUCAGACGCGUUGGCGUCGGUAGAUCUCGAAGAGAUCGAACAGCUGGAUGUGAACACCUUGCGAAAGAAAAUCCAGCAACUAGUUGGCGACCGAAACAAACGGUUCGAGGCCCAAGAAAGGUUACAAGAGAAUUAAGGGAGAUAAUUGUACUUGUUGAUUGGCGGGUAGAUAUCCUCCAGGAGAUCUUAGUUAGGCGAGCUGCCGAAUAGCUUCGAGGCGUCAACUUUACUUGUUGCGAAGAAAAUGCGAACAUGUAAAGGAUUUCAUACCACCUGUGCAAAAAUGGUUUACAAGUCCAAAAUACUAGUCAGCUGCUCCGAAUUUCGUAUACCAGUAGUACAGACGUGAACACACCACGUGGGCUAUAGUUUCUUUGAUUUUCUAUGACUGACGUCAAGAGCAGUAUCUCCGAGACCUCCAUCAGGGGAUGGAAAGAUUUUUGUUUCUAUGCAGAUCGGUUAGAGUUAUGAUUAUAGAUAUAUUUGUAACGAGGAAAAUUUUUCUACGUCAAGGAUAUGCGAAAUCCACUUUUACUAUUCUAAAAGAAGCUUCGCGCGCUUAACUCAGAAGAAGCGGCCCGUCAAGUCGAAGCGGACGAACUUGCCGCUGAGCUGGAC